AUCGGGCUAAUGAGAAGAGCUGGGGCCAGGGACUUGUUUCCUCCCCACUCAGAUCUUUGGCUUUACUUUUCAGUUUUGUUGACUCAGGAAGCACUGGUAUUUUCUGUGUUCUGUAAGAUCCAGCCCAUAGACCAGAAGCAGGCAUUUGUUGAAUGCCAUCCCACGUUCAAAAUGCCAUGUCUGUAAAUGCCAAGUUCUCGUAAUGCUCCCUGCCUGUCUCACUCUUGGCCCAGGAGUGGCUGGAAAUCAGUCUGUACAGGCUCUCCUCAAGCUGUGAUUUCUUGCCCCAGCUUGCCCGAUGGUGGGAAGCCAGGUGCACACCACUCUGCCUGACUACUGUUUGUACUCCUGACAGAGCUGCCUCCAGGACUGUUGGACUGAGUCUGGCACUCACUCGUGGCUUUUCAACCUGCCACUCAAUUACACUUCAAGUCAUUGUCAGCUUAGAUACUGGCUAGGUGCUGUAGCUAGUUUCUGGUUCUUUACUUAGGCAGUUAUUCUCAUCUAGGCCUCCAGUAAUCCCAUCAUAUUCAUUCAUUCAUUCAUUCAUUCAUUCAUUCAUUCAUACACUCUCUCAUUAAAAAGAAUAUGUACCAGUGUUUUGUCUGUAGUACAGAAGGGUGCCAGAAGAGGGAGUAAGAACCCCUGUAACUAGAGAAUGCUGGGAAGGCAAUCCCAGAGCUCUGUGAGAACAGCAAGUGUACUUAAGUGCUGAGAAUCCAUCACUCCAGCGCUCCCAUCACAUCUCUUAAUUCACAUUCAAAACAACUUCCUCCACGGAUACAAUAUUUCCUACUCAUCUUUAUUCUAAACCUUUGAACCAGUUUGUAUUAGAUCCCCUCUAAAGUCCCAGUAAAGAGGUAAGGGCACGUUGGCUCACACAUGUAACCCAGCAAUCACUCGAAGGGGAAUCGGCAGUUCCAGGCUAAAUUGGGUUACAUGAAAUCCUUAGGUCAAAACAACAACAGACCCAAAACAACAACAUGCAACAACAACAACAAAAAAAAAAACUAUAAAAAUAUUCCAAGUGGCUAAAUUGAAUUACAGGCCACCACCACCUGGGAGCCAUAGUUUGUGUUUCAUCAGGACCACCCACCGUCUACACUGGGAGGGGUUAGGAACUACCCUUCCCGUUCGCCACACCCCCCAAAGCCUUCCAGUAGAGCUUUAGGUAGAUUCCGGCUGGCUGACACUAAUUACAUGUUUCUCAUCACCAUAGUGACGGGUGGCCACGAAAGGUGAGUUGGCCCUUUGGAACUACAUCUCCCAUCAUGCAUCAGGCCCAGAGUGCCAGGCUCACGCUAAGGCUCGAGAUCUUGGCCGAUGCCGGGGCUCCAGAAAAGAUCCAGGAUGAACAGCAGGCAAGAGGAUGGUCUUGCUCCUCUUGCCCACCGGGUUGGGUCGUACGUAACCUAAUAGACCUCUCAGGCCUAGCUUGCCAUCGGCACCGCCACACCGGUCUAAUAUGGCCGCUGGUGCUGGGACCGGACUCGCGCGUAAAAAGCCAGGACUAAGGUCCGGAGCGGGAGACCGCUCCCGGCAUUCCUCGCGGGUGUAGCGUGGGCACCCUUCCCCCACUUCCGGGUCCCGGGAGAAGGAGACCCUGGGGUCUUGAAGAGUGUCCGGAGGUUCCGCUGUAUGGUGCUUAGGCGAAGAAUGGCAGGCCCUCCUGGGCAGUGAAUUCUGGCCUUGGGUAGCAAGGUGUAAAGAGAAGAUAGGUCAUCAGCAUCACGGCCUGUUUUCUAGGGAGCCUUUCGGGUUAUCAGUAGUAGGAUUUAACUGGAGACUUGUCACCAUUGUUGCAGCCCGGUGAGACCUUGAAGUAGAGCCUUGUGUCACUGGAGCAGGGCUCUGAGACAGUGUAUAUGCAUCUUAAAUUCAUCCAGGACUAGUGGGUCUUUGAUGACUAGUCCUCACCUUGAGCACGCAGUGAAUUCUUCACAAAAGUGUGUUGCAGGUUAACAUGGCCCAGGGCUUGAUUGAGGUGGAGCGAAAGUUUACUCCAGGGCCUGACACAGAGGAAAGGCUGCAGAAGUUGGGGGCCACCCUGGAGCACCGGGUCACCUUCCGAGACACGUACUAUGAUACCUCUGAGUUAAGCCUUAUGCUGUCUGACCACUGGCUGCGACAACGAGAAGGUAGUGGAUGGGAGUUCAAAUGUCCUGGAGUAACAGGUGUCUCAGGACCUCACAAUGAGUAUGUGGAAGUCACAUCGGAAUCUGCAAUUGUGACCCAGCUCUUUGAACUGCUGGGGUCUGGGGAGCAGGAGACUGCAGGUGUGGCUGCUGUCCUGGGCCGACUGAAGCUGCAGGAAGUAGCUAGUUUUAUAACUACACGAAGUUCCUGGAAGCUGGCCUUAUCUGGAGCCCAUGAAGAGGAGUCACUGCUCACAGUGGACUUGGAUUCAACGGAUUUCGGUUAUGCCGUGGGUGAGGUAGAGGCCGUGGUGCAUGAGAAGGCUGAAGUCCCGGCUGCCCUAGAGAAGAUCAUCAGCGUCAGUAGCAUGCUUGGGCCUGACAGCCCUGGAGGGCUGAGCCUCCUUGGAAACCACCCGUGGUUUCCUGCUGUGGGUCAGCAGGCUGCUGUCCAUUAGCGACACUGGCAUCAGGCAGUUAGAGACGAGGUUCUGUGAGCUCCCCUCGCGGUUCCACAGUUCCAGUUCCGGAGCUCCGUUUCUCACAGCGCUUGGUUAUCUUCCGUACUCCGCUGCGUGUGCUCCAUUACCAAGCUAAUGAGCUUCAGCCUGCCUAGAUGGGCUUGAAUCUUGAUUGGGAGAAAGCGGUAACAAAUGAAGUGAGUUUGGCUCCCCUGCCUCCGUGGCACAGGAUGCUGCUUCACCAUCUCUCAUUGCUGGAGGAGAGGCACAACCCAAGUGGGUCUUUGCCGUGAGGGUCUCACCUUUGCAGUCCAGUGAGUGAGUGGGUGGGUUGGACAAGCUGCUUGAUGACGUCUGGAUUCUUAGUGCUUUGCAAAUUUUGCCCUGGCCGGGUGGGCAGGGACCAGAACGGAAGCGUGUACAAGGGCUCAAUCCUCUUUCCUCCUUGUCCCCUUGCCCGCAGGAGUGCCAGCACAGGAGAAGGCACCUGCUAAGCUCCUGGUCUACCUACAGCGCUUCAGGCCUCAGGACUAUCAGCGCCUGCUAGAAGCAGACAGUUCCGGUGAGGCCACAGGGGACUCAGUACCGUGACAACAGUGCAUGGAAGCAGGGUUCACUUCCUCAAAAGGAUGGUAACCCUGAAGCUGCCAUCCACACCCGGACCCACUGCGCCCCUUCCCUUUCAGCAGAGCUACUUUUCUCUCCAGCUCUGCCUGGUCUUUCACCCACACUGAGCUAUCCUUCCUGGAGCCCUCCCUCACUGCUUCCCUCAUCCGUCAGAUGCAAUCUGUGGGCCGCCCCUCUCCCCUGGCCGCUAAGCAGCCUCCAUUGAUUUCCGCUCGUGUUUAUAGGAUUUCCACUUAGCCGUGAUCAGUAGUUAAGCACAGGGAAAUCCCUUGCCACCCCCCCUCCCCUGGUCGAUGCCAUUGAUUCUGCCAGAGGCUCUGAAGCCGCCUUACAGCUGAGUUAGGGAUGAGGGGAAACAGUGGGGAUUCCCCUGCCUUGGGGUGCAGGAAGAGUAAGAAGGUGGAGAAAUGGUUGGGAACUCCUUAAGGGAUCUAGACAUUCUGGGCCUGUCACUGUGCCUGGAGGGUAGAGUGCCCUGUGUGGCAGUUCAGACAUACAUUUGCUCUCCAACCCAGAGAGGGGAGAAAGCAAACGGUCAAUGUUGAGACAGGUUCCUAGGAUUCCGGGAAGUCAUUCUUGUGGAGAAGGCUCCGCCCUCGGCUCUUAGACACUGUUUCUCUCAGCUAGGCCUUUCUGCCCUCCUCAGGCUUCAUAGACAUUUUUUGUUGGGCAGGAGGCAGGCUGUCCAUAUUGCGGUGACAAAUAAAGGGUCCGAGUGCCACCUGCUGGUGGCCCUCAGGGCUGUGUCCCAAGCUGAGGGCGCAGAAAGAUUUCAGGUGAGCUGAGGCAGUGAUGAGACAGGCAAGCUUAGCAGCCCGCAACUCCACUUGCUUCAAGCCAUACAUGCCUCUCCGCUAACUGCCACUUGGUGCCCUAGGAUCCUCAGCUGCAUGUACUGCGGACACACACUUUUAACAGUGCACCCAGGACCCCAGCCAUAUUGAGUAGCAGUCAUGUCCCACUUCGAACGACGGAAUAAAUCUCUCCUUCCCCGGUGGCCAUCAAAAACUCCCCUUUUGUGGACAGUCUUAUUCAAACAUUUUAGAACAUACCCCAAAGUAGGGGGCUGGUUAGGCCUAGACUGGUUUCGGGUGCAAGCACAGUAAGGUAAACUGUGUCCUUUGGGUGAACUUUUAAGGAGAACCCUAUUGACCAUCCUGUGUCUAUGAAGAAUGAGUUAGCAUGUGAUUAAAAAAAUCAGCUGCAUCAUGGGAAGGGUCAUGCACAGUCAGGAAAGGCUUAUAGAAUCCAAGUCUGUCAGCGAAAAUAGAAAAUUAUGCUACUUUGCAACUAACACCUUUCCCUGAGACUUUAUCAAAGGGACACUGGGCAAUGACCCUGGGCCCUUGAGUACUGUGAUCAUCACCCGUUUGCAGCACAUUUCUAAUCUGUAUGGUCACUGUGCUUUUAAAUAAAGUUUCCUUGCUACUUCGCAA